CUCUUUCCCUCCUAAUGUCUGUAACUAGGUCUCCUGCUUUCGACGCUGCAUUGCACGUUAUCAAAGGAGCUGUUUGCACGGUUUUACGCAUUCCUACUGGCCGGACUACUGAAAGAGUAUCCCCACAUCUAGGUGGUGGUAAGCUCACUCUGAACUCGAUCAAGGAAGAGCCCACGGAGGAGCAGAAGGAGUUGAUAGCCACGAACGUUUACAACAAGGUGGAGGAAAAUGCGCCUUUCAAAGUUUUCACUGGAGUUCCUCGUGACCUUGCUGAGAGGAAAUACUUCGACACCAUGUACGACAGCUUCAAAGUCCCCGAGUCGGUGAAAGAGCUGCGGUUGGUGUACUUGGAACAGUGGAAUCUCAACUGCAAUGUCCAUCCUAUCAUCAAGUCGACUGGUCUCUUGGGCGAGGUGAAUCUGACGCAUUGGAAGUAUUCUGCCAAGAAGGCCACCUUGGAGAUUUCCUUCACUGUGGAACCUAGUUGUGAUGUUUUCGAGAUGGCAGAGGAGGACGGUAAUGUUGAGGAUCUUCCUUCGCUUGAUAUCGCGGUGCCCUACGUUCCUGAUGAACAACUUGACCAAAAUAGAGUUUUGGGAGUAUCGAACUGUCAGAAGGUCACCCCUUGGGAGGUUGAGGGCAGCGAUGAGGGUAUCGACUACGAUAAGCUGAUCCGUGAUUUUGGCUGCUCACCGAUUGACCAGAAACUCAUUGACAGGAUGGAGAAGUUGACUGGGAAGAAGGCACAUCGCUUCCUUAGAAGAGGGCUCUUCUUCUCCCACCGGGACUUGGGUAUUUUACUCGAUAAAUAUGAGAGAGGUAUCCCCUUCUACCUCUACACUGGUCGUGGCCCCUCUUCUGAGUCCCUUCAUCUCGGACAUUUGGUCCCUUUCCAAUUCACCAAGUGGUUGCAGGAUACCUUCGACGUCCCACUGGUUAUCCAACUGACUGAUGAUGAGAAGUUCUUCUUUAAAGACUAUCUGUCACUUGAAGAAGCUCAUCGAUUGGCCUAUGAGAAUGCCAAGGACAUUAUCGCUUGCGGCUUCGACAUGGACAAGACCUUCAUCUUCUCCGACUUGGACUAUAUGGGAACUAUGUACCCGAAUGUGUGUAAAAUUCAAAAGCUAGUUACUUAUAAUCAAGCACGAGGGGCUUUCGGUUUUACGGGUUCCGAUAGUGUUGGUAAGUCUAGUUUCUGUGCUAUUCAAGCUAGUCCUUCCUUCUCUACAACUUUCCCAUCCAUCUUUGGUGACCGUAAAGACAUCAUGUGCCUCAUCCCCCAGGCCAUUGACCAAGACCCCUAUUUUCGGGUUACUAGGGAUGUGGCACCUCGAAUGGGUAUGCUUAAGCCGGCGCUUAUUCACUCGAAGUUCUUCCCGGCCUUGCGAGGCCACAAGACGAAGAUGAGUGGUAGCGUUGGAAAUACUACCAUUAUGGUCACUGAUAGCAAGAAGGAGAUUAAAAAUAAGAUUAUGAAGUAUUGUUUCUCUGGUGGACAAGACUCAGCUGAGGAGCAGAGGAAGUAUGGUGCCAAUCUUGAGGUUGAUGUGGCCUAUGAGUAUCUUCGAUACGUUAUGGAGGAUGAUGAGAAGUUCAAGCAAAUAGGGGAGGAUUAUUCUUCCGGAAAGUUGCUCACGGGAGAGGUGAAGAACAUUUUGGUGGAGGAGCUGGUGAACUUGACUAAGGCUCACCAAGAGGCUCGGGCUAAGGUGACUGAUGAUGUGGUGAGGGAGUUCAUGAACCCAAACCGGCCAUCUCUAGCCAAAUUCAAGUCUAUUGGUAAGGAUCGCAAGCUGUCUCAUGCAGCUGAGGAAGGUGGCAAGCAGGAGUUGUAUGCCCGUCCAGCAGGAGGCACCGUAGAUCAGCGUACUGAUGAAAUACCCACUUAUAGUGCUGAACCGGUCUUGUCUAAGUACUCAGACAUGCGUUCGAAUACGAAAAUUCCCACGUCAACGGUGAAGGAAGAGACCGUUGAGAAAGGGUAUACUGACGGCCAUCCUCCUACACCUAUGACUGUCACUGCCACGCCCGUCUCGGCGACCUCUGGUAUUCCGGGGGCUAUUCCUGUAGCUAGGUCGACUAAGGAGGGUUCGGCUAGGGCUACAGCGGCACGAGAUGGUGCUGAUCAUUUGGUGAGUCCGUCGAACCAUACGACUACUAUCAUUGACGAGGUCGCAACGAGUCGUGAGUCUCCUCAAGUGUUGGGGACGAAUAGCGGAGCGAGUGGUAUCCCUAAGGCAGUAUCGACGGCUAAGGGAGAGGGUAAUGAUGAGGCUGUGUGGGAAGAAGAGGAUCGCGUGAGACGGGAAAACGCUGAGAAAUUACUUAAGGACGCGCAGGAGCGGUUGAAGAAGGAGAGCGAAGAGAAAGAAGAAGAGGAGGCUAGAAUGCGAGAGGAGGAAGAGGACCGGCGCGCGAGGGAAGCAUACGAUCGAAAGAAGGAGGAGGCUGAACGUAAAGCGCGAGUGGAGGCCGAGUCGAGGAAGGAGGUAGAACGGAAGGAGCGGGAGGAGAAGGAACGGAAGGAGAAGGAGAAGGAGGAAGCUGAGUUGAAAGAGAGAGAAGAGGCGGAGCGGAAGGAGAGAGAGGAGGCUGAUCGUAAGAAGAAAGAGGCGGAGCGGAAGGAGAGGGAGGAGGCUGAUCGUAAGAAGAAAGAAGCGGAGCGGAAGGAAAAGGAGGAGAUUGAACGGAAGGCGAGGGAGGAGGCCGAUCGUAAGAAAAGAGAGGCGGAGCGGCAGGAGAGGGAGGAGGCCGACCAUAGAAGGGAAGAGGCCGAAAAGAGAGAGAAGGAAGAGGCUGAACGGAAGGAGAGGGAGGAAGCCGAUCGUAAGAAGAGAGAGGCUGAACGGAAGAGAAAGGAGGAGGCUGACGGUAAGGAGAAGGAGGAGGCCGAGCGGAAGGAUAAGGAGGAGGCAGAAAGGAAGGCGAAGGAGGAGGCCGACCGUGAGGUGGCCGAGCGGAAAACGAGGGAGGAAGCCGAUCGUAAGAAGAGAGAGGCGGAGGAGACUGAACGGAAUGAGAGGGAGGAGUUUGACCGUAGGAGGCAACAGGCCGAACGGAAGGAGAAGGAAGCCAAGCUGAAGGAAGAGGCUGAGCGAGAGAAGGAGAUCGAACGGGAAGGGGGAGAAGUUGUGCGGAAUGGGACAGACCUGUAUGAGGUGGAGCAUGCUAAUCCGAGGAAGGAGGCAGAGGAGGAAAUAGAGGGAGGAUCUCAAGUGGUGAAGGAGGAGGAGGAACAUGAUGCUACUGAGUCGCCUCUUGCGAAUUCUACGAAAGCAGAUAGUGAGAGGGGCCGUGUCCAAGACCAGCAGGAACGCGUUGAGGAGGAUCAGCUGAAGGAUGCAGGAGGUAGAGUUGAUAUUCCAGCUGAGGUUACCGACCUCAACCAGGACGUAGAAGGAGUGUCGUUCGGUGAUAUGGUGAAGGAUACAGCUACGAGAGCUGCCAUGGUGACUAGGGAGUUAUGGAUGCUCUAUGGCGAGCCUGCUAAGGUGGAGGUUCUGCAUGCUACGGGCAUCGACUCUCCCCUAUUGGAAGUCUAUGUGGCUUCUAGUCUACUCUUCCUCUCUAUCGUAUGGGCGCUAUUGAAGAGGAGGUCCUUGUCAUUGCCUAAGGCUGAUGACGGUGUCAUUUGGAGGUUCAGAGCUUCCCGUCUUGAGAGACCUGUAUGUUCGACUGCUGCGUGCGCGCCAGCUGCUGCUGCUGUGAACACGUCGAGUGGAGGGAUAAAUGAGGAGCAGUUUAUGCAACUCCUACAGCAGGUAUUAAUUCUGGAGUGA